AUGGCGCCCGCACUCAACCUCCCAGCACCAGCGCACGGCUCUGACAACACACUUGCCUCUUCGUCAACCCCAUCAAGCUCCAAGUUUGCCUCGACGAGCGGCAUAAUUUUUCCGCCGCCCGAGCUACGCAGAACCAUUGACAAGGCAGCAGAGCUUAUUGCAAAAAAAGAUCCGUCGUUCGAGAACAACAUCAAGGCGGCAGAACAGAACAAUCCCAAGUUUGCCUUUCUCAAGUUAGACGAUGCCUACCACGCCUAUUACGCUUCGCGUCGCGAUGCCGUUCGACGUGGCGAGACACUUGCGCCAGUUAUACCCGAGUCUUCGACCAAUGCUGUAGCUCAAGAUGGCUCAAACACGCCAGCGACAGCCGACGCUGCAGCCGGUGCUUCCACGCAGCCUCCACCAGAGCCACAACCAUUCGAAUUCUCCGCCGACCUUCCCAACAUCACCGCUGUCGACCUCGACAUUCUCAAACUCACAGCGCUCUUCACGGCACGAAAGGGCCGCUCUUUUGCGUCCUCUCUGCUCUCUCGCGAGUCCAAGUCGUACCAGUUCGAAUUCUUGCGUCCAUCACACUCGCUGUUUACCUAUUUCAAUCACCUCGUCGAGCAAUACCAAAAGGUCAUCUCGCCUUCCCCCUCACUUCUUGAAAAUGCCAAGCUUGGAGCAUAUGGCACAACUGAUACCGCCCUCAUAGCACAACAAAAGGCAAAGCCUGCGCUCGGAGCAGGCAAGGGUGGUGCAAGACCGUAUCUAUUGGAACAGGCCAAAGCAAGGGCAGAGUGGGAACGGCAUGUACAAGACAAGCGCAAGAAGCAGGACGAAGACCAGGAGAGGCAACGUCAAUCAUUCAACGAGAUCGAUUGGCAAGACUUUGUCGUCGUCGGUACUGUAGAGCUCACCGAGGCCGACCAGCACGUUGACCUGCCACCACCCCGCUCGUUGCGCGAGAUGGAAUCCAUGACGCUGGCUCAGAAGAAGAUGGCAAGCAUGAUUAUGGAGUCCCAAGCUGCUGCAGACGACGUCGAAGAUGUAGAAGAGCUUGCAAUGCCCACAAGACCUCCUGCGUCGACGCCGCUUGUCGAAGAGGUCCAGCAACCAGCCGCUAGAGGUGGUACCAUCAAGGUGCGCAAAGACUACGUUCCACGCGGUCUUGCGUCUCGCACCAAGCCUACUGCACCUGAUGCUGCAAUGACAAAGUGUCCCGUUUGCGGAGAUCAGGUUGCCAUCGACGAAAUGGCUGAACACGUCCGUUUCGAACUGCUCAACCCAGCCUACCGCGAACAGCGUCAGCAACUGGAAGCCAAGAAAGCUCAACAGGCUGCGCUUCAAGCUGGCGCAGACCCUACCUACUACCUCAAGCAACUUGCCACGAGUCGUGAUGACGAGGAUGAACAGACAAGAUUGAAGAGAGAAGCCGAGGAGAGGAGACUUGCCAAGGAAAAGGAAAAAAUCAUCUGGGACGGGCACGCCAAAUCGGGGCAAGCCGCCAGAGAUCUGAUCGCCAAGAAUGUUGGUCUGGAGCAAGAAAUGACGAGGCUGUCCGGCAAGCCUGUAGUCAAGCUGCCGGAGUUUGGCCCGCAAUUCCCUGGCAUGGACCGAGCCGUGUCGGAAGAGGCUCCGGCCGAUCAAGCUGAUGACAAGCCCCUCCAGCUGCCCAAGGGUAGUCUGUUGCCCGCCAAACCUGUUACGACUUCAGCAACGUCUCCACCACCACAACCACAAGCCUCUUCAUCGAGUCUCAAGCGUUCUGCUUCCGUCGAGCUCUCCCCUCCACCACCGCCGCCUGCACCCCUCCCUUCAACGCUAGCCACACUCGCCAAGAAAACCGAUGGAUCACUGCACCCCGAAAAGAUGUGGAUCGAAGCACAUGCUCGUCCGACUGUCACGCUUACCCUCUCUCUUCCAGGUCAAGACGAUGCAGACAGAAGGGAAGAGCCUUACGAGGCAGCGAUCAAGUCUACCGUAGCUACGUUGAGGGACUACGUUCAUCAAGAUCUGCUAAACAGUACAAUUGCAGCCAGCAAGAUCAAGAUCAAGGUCAAUGGCAGGCCCGCGACGCUCAAGCAAAGCUUGGCCUACUGGAACCUGACUGACGGCGAUCGCGUUACGAUCGAUAUUGCACAGUAG